AUGAGUGUUUUAUGUACUUAUAAACUGCCUACUUCAAUGUCUGGAGGUCACAAGCAUCGUUACAAGAAUGCAGGGCUCAGUGCUGACGAGUUGCGUCGUCGGCGAGAAGAGGAGGGCGUUCAACUACGAAAACAAAAAAGGGAACAACAACUUUUUAAAAGAAGAAACGUCAACUUGCCCGCGCCCAAUGCCCCUGACAUAGCACUUCAAGAGGACAUCACAGUCUCGUCAUCAGAUGACAUCACGCCGGCGAUGGUGGCCGCUCUCUUAGGCGAUAACCCACAAGAACAAGUUUCAGCCACACAGAAGUUUAGAAAACUUUUAAGUCGGGAACCCAAUCCACCUAUUGAAGAAGUGAUACGGACUGGCAUAGUUCCUAAAUUUGUUGAAUUUCUUACAAAUAGUGCUAAUCCUACGUUACAGUUCGAAGCGGCGUGGGCGUUAACGAACAUAGCGUCAGGGUCGUCAGAACAGACUCGGGUGGUGGUAGAGAGCGGGGCGGUGCCGGUGCUGGUGGCGCUGGCGGGGUCGGGCAGUAGUGACGACGUGCGCGAGCAGGCGGUGUGGGCGCUGGGCAACGUGGCCGGCGACUCGGCCAGGUGUAGGGACGCGGUGCUCGCCGCUGGCCUGCUGCCGCCCUUGUUGGAUAUUUUAAAUAAAUAUUCAAGACUAUCCAUGACAAGAAACGCCGUGUGGACACUGUCAAAUCUCUGUAGAGGCAAAAAUCCUCCUACGAACUUCGAAGCUGUAGCACCAGGUAUCCCGGUGCUGGCGCGCCUGCUGCACCACACGGACGCGGACGUGCUGAGCGACGCGUGCUGGGCGCUCUCCUACCUGUCGGACGGGCCCAACGAGAAGAUACAGGCCGUCAUCGACGCGGGCGUGUGUCGGCGGCUCGUCGAGCUGCUCAUGCACACGAAGUACAACCUGGUGUCGGCGGCGCUGCGCGCGGUGGGCAACAUCGUGACGGGCAACGACGCGCAGACGCAGGCGGUGCUGAACUGCGCGCCGCUGCCGGCGCUGCACGCGCUGCUGCGCUCGCCCACCGAGGCGCUGCGCAAGGAGGCCUGCUGGACGCUCUCCAACAUCACCGCCGGCAACGCCGCGCAGAUACAGGCUGUGAUAGACGCGAACAUUUUCCCAGCUCUAAUAGAUAUAUUAAGAAAUGCUGAAUUCAAAACAAGAAAAGAAGCUGCGUGGGCGAUAACGAACGCCACAAGUGGUGGAUCACAUGCCCAAAUUAGCUACCUAGUAGAGCAAGGCUGUAUACCACCACUAUGUGAUUUGCUGACUCUCACCGAUACAAAGACAGUGCAAGUGGCUCUCAACGGCUUAGACAAUAUAUUAAAGGCAGGCCAGCAAGCGGACCAACGGGACAACCCCUAUGCUGUGCUCAUCGAAGAGUGCUUUGGUGUGGACAAAAUCGAGUUCCUCCAGUCGCACGAGAACAUGGACAUAUACCAGAAGUCGUUUGAGAUAAUAGAGAAUUACUUCGGGUCUGAGGGCGAGGACGGGCGCGUGGCGCCGGACGCGGCCGCCACGCACUUCGCCUUCAACGCCGACCACUCCGUGCCUAUGGGCGGCUACCAGUUC